UGCCGUCCAAACUAACGGGAGUGUCAUUUCCUGCCGUUAGCUCUUUAGGAAAGUAUUUCACAUAUCGCUUCUGUUUGUUUUACGAGCGGUUUCUGUUAGCUGCCAUAAAACUCAGCUUCGCUCGCGCGCCUCUUUUGAGAUUCGAUCCUGAAAAAACAAACCGUGAUAACUAGCUUCAUUAUUGGCGUGUGUCGUAUUAAGUGCUCAGAUAAAAGCUAAUUUUUGUGUUUAGUUGCAAGGAAAUGGCAGGAAACGUUUGUUUUAAAGUCUUAACGGCUGCUCCGCUAAAAAAGCCUUUGACGUUCUUUUGUCCUAAUUUUUAGCUACCAGUAGUUUGUGUGUGUAGCCUGUUCUGGCUGUAAAAUGUGGUCUGGUAGUCAAAAGGCAGACUUGAGACAGCACAGGUUAGACAUAAGGAGGCUGCUUAAUCUGGAUUAUUAGAUUGGAUCUGGUUGCUCACACAGAUCGAGGAUUCAGAUCGUUGUGACCUCUAAAUCUAAGCGUUGAACCAUUCGCUUCCUCAACUGACACAGACUGUUUUUUUUUCUUUCAACGCCAGGGACACGUUUUACAUUUACAUAAACUUCCUGGUAAAAUCAGUCACCUACACUUCCUUUAGCAGAUUUUUUCUUUUUUUUUUCUUUUUACAGUCAGUGCAAAGGAAACACACUAACUGUGAUUAGUAACUGACAGGUUUUUUUAAUGGGACACAAUAUAUAAAGUGUUUGGUUAAAAACCAGUCGGAUAAAAGGUUUUCAUGAAGAUACACAUUCUUGUACUACAGUUAAACUGCACACCCUGAGGGAGAAUCAGCGUAUCUGGCAUGUGGGCCGGUGUUGGCAGGCAGAAGAUGCUAUGGCAAAAAAAAACAGAAAUACUCUCCCAUCCACAGGCUUUAAAAACUGCUCCAACGGUGGAUGAACUUUGCUUUUUGACGCUGCUGAUAUUAAAAGUGGAGUAAAAACCCACAAGGUCCACUUGUCCCCUGAGGAUGUUAUUUGGAAAGCUGUUUUUAAAUAUGGAGAGUCUGAAGUUGAUUUGAAAUUUUGUAUUGAUUUCUUGUCUUUUCCAAAAUUUUACGUUUUUUUUUUGUGACCGUGGAAAUACUGGAUGACCUCAUUUUGAUCAUCGAAAUACAGCACAACAGAAAAACCUUGAGGGAUAUGUCGGCUUUGCAAGCCUCCCGAACCAAGUUUACAGGAAGUCUGUGAAGAGGGGGUUUGAGUUCACGCUGAUGGUUGUGGGUGAAUCCGGUCUGGGCAAGUCGACGCUCAUCAACUCGUUGUUCCUAACAGACCUUUACUCGGCAGAAUAUCCCGGACCUUCACAUCGAAUCAAAAAGACUGUACAGGUGGAGCAGUCCAAAGUGCUAAUAAAAGAGGGCGGAGUCCAGCUGCUUCUAACAAUAGUUGACACCCCAGGAUUCGGAGAUGCCGUCGACAACAGCAACUGCUGGCAACCGGUCAUCGACCACAUAGACAGCAAGUUUGAAGAUUAUCUGAACGCAGAGUCGCGGGUCAACCGACGACAGAUGCCCGACAGCCGGAUCCACUGCUGUCUGUACUUCAUCGCUCCGUCAGGACACGGCCUGAAGCCGCUGGACAUCGAGUUCAUGAAACGGCUGCAUGAGAAAGUCAAUGUCAUCCCGCUGAUUGCCAAAGCAGACACCCUCACCCCAGAGGAAUGCCAGCAGUUCAAGAAGCAGAUCAUGCGGGAAAUCCAGGAGCACAAAAUUAAGAUCUACGAAUUUCCGGAGACGGACGACGAGGAGGAGAACCGGCUCGUGAAAAAAAUCAAAGACAAGCUCCCGCUGGCUGUUGUUGGAAGUAACACCAUCAUCGAAGUGAACAGCAAGAGAGUCCGAGGAAGACAAUACCCCUGGGGGGUUGCAGAAGUGGAGAACAGCGACCAUUGUGACUUCACCAUCCUCAGGGACAUGCUCAUCAGAACUCAUAUGCAGGACCUAAAGGACGUGACCAACAACGUCCACUACGAGAACUACCGCAGCAGGAAGCUGGCCGCCGUCACCUACAACGGACUGGACAACAACAAGGGCAAAGGACAGCUCUCCACCAAACUUGACACAGUUGAAGGAAAGAGCCCCCUGGCCCAGAUGGAGGAGGAGAGGCGAGAGCACGUGACCAAGAUGAAGAAGAUGGAGAUGGAGAUGGAGCAGGUGUUUGAGAUGAAAGUCAAGGAGAAAGUGCAGAAGCUGAAAGACUCUGAAGCAGAGCUUCAGCGGCGUCACGAACAGAUGAAGAAGAACCUGGAGGCUCAGCACAAAGAGCUGGAGGAGAAGAGACGUGUCUUUGAGGAGGAGAGAGCCAACUGGGAGGCUCUGCAGCGCCAGGAGCAGCUGAAGCAGGAGGCCUCCAAGACUCUGGACAAAAACAAGAAGAAAGGCAAGAUCUUCUAAGCACAGCCGGCAGAUCCGCCUCCAGAUCGGGGUUCUGUCGCUUUUCCAACGAUGUCAGGAGACGAGCGUACGGCGCCAACACUGCACCCAUCUCCUCCUCUUCCAUUUUCCUCCUAUUUUUUUUUCCUCCCCUCUGUGCUCCUACCACCCCGUGCCAGCAGAGGGAGCUCUGUGGACAGAUUUUUUUUUUGUGGGGGGAGGAUUCCAUCCCUGCAACGGGACUCAUCAUCAAAAAAUGUUUACCCUAACGAAAGGAAAAAUAACCCACUUUUAGAAAAGCCAAACUUAUAUUUUAAUUAUUCUUGAUGUUAUUAUUAUUAUUGUUGUUGUUACUGUUAUAACUGAAUACUGUCCUCAACCUUCCAGCUACUGCUGCUGCCCCCCCCCUCCCACAGGGUGGCUUUGGGCACGAUGAGACAAAACUAUUGUACAAUCAGUUUUUGGUGCAAUGUCAACGUUUACCGAAAGACGACAGCGUCAGUGUUUGAACGUGAGCUGGUGUGUCAGAGAGAAGGCCUUCAGUUUUCCUGCCGCCCUCCUCACAUCCAAUAAAGAGAAACCCUGAAACGACCCCGCCCCCCUUUUUUUUGUAUACUCCUUUUUCUGUUCUGAAACUUUCCUCUGUUUUUCUAGCUCUUUCCACUAGCAUCGGAUCACCAUUUAUGUCAUAAGUGUUAUACUUCACUUUAGUUUAUUUUUAUAUAUAUAUAUAAAUAUAUUUACCAAACCAGCUGAAGUACUGACUUCUUUUGUAUGUUUGGAGAAAAAAAAACUCAGACUUGGCAGCAUCUUCAUGUUUAGAAAAAAAUAGUUUCUGAAAGUGUUUGGAAAAACGCGGAUCAGUGGAAAGGAAGAGUCAACAACACAUUUUUGCUUUGGCUGUGUUACUCCAUCUGUAUUUUUAAUUUUAUUUUUCAUUUGUAAUGUACAAAGUCACUUAAUAAACCUGUGAUGGCA